AUGGAGAAGAGGAGGUUCAACAGAAACCCCGUGGCUCAGCUCUGGUACUUUGUGAAGUGCAUUUACUUCGGGCUCUCUGCGUAUCAGAUCAAAUGUGGAUAUCCAAACCGUAUCCUGGGGAACUUCCUGACCAAGAACUACAACUACCUCAACCUGUUCCUGUUCCAGGGGUUCCGUAUGGUCCCCUUCCUGACGGAGCUGCGUGCGGUGAUGGACUGGGUCUGGACCGACACCACUCUGUCUCUGUCGAGCUGGAUCUGUGUCGAGGACAUUUACGCCAAUAUCUUUAUCCUCAAGUGUUGGAGGGAGUCAGAGAAGAAGUUCCCUCACGUCCCGGGGCAGAAGAAGAAGAAGUUGGUGAAGUAUGGAAUGGGAGGAGUCAUGAUCUUCGUCCUCAUCGGGAUCAUCUGGUUCCCGCUCCUCUUCAUGUCGCUGGUGCAGUCAGCAGCAGGAGUAACCAACGCACCAGUGAUGGUGUCUCUGCAGCUCAGUGUGGCCGGGUACCAGGUGGGAGACCAUCAGGCUCAGUGUGGCAGGGUACCAGGUGGGAGACCAUCAGGCUCAGUGUGGCAGGGUACCAGGUGGGAGACCAUCAGGCUCAGUGUGGCAGGGUACCAGGUGGCAGACCAUCAGGCUCAGUGUGGCCGGGUACCAGGUGGGAGACCAUCAGGCUCAGUGUGGCAGGGUACCAGGUGGGAGACCAUCAGGCUCAGUGUGGCCGGGUACCAGGUGGGAGACCAUCAGGCUCAGUGUGGCAGGGUACCAGGUGGGAGACCAUCAGGCUCAGUGUGGCAGGGUACCAGGUGGCAGACCAUCAGGCUCAGUGUGGCCGGGUACCAGGUGGGAGACCAUCAGGCUCAGUGUGGCAGGGUACCAGGUGGGAGACCAUCAGGCUCAGUGUGGCCGGGUACCAGGUGGGAGACCAUCAGGCUCAGUGUGGUACCAGGUGGGAGACCAUCAGGCUCAGUGUGGUACCAGGUGGGAGACCAUCAGGCUCAGUGUGGUACCAGCCACGACUCCGUGAAGCUGAUCAAGUUCGCGGACGACACCACCCUCAUUGGACUCAUCUCCAACAACGAUGAGUCCGCCUACAGGAGGGAGGUGGACCGGCUGGUGUCCUGGUGCAGUGGUAACAACCUGGAGCUGAACGCCCAGAAGACAGUGGAGAUGAUUGUGGACUUCAGGAAGAGCACUGUCCCCCCGCCCCCACCCUCCGUGAUGGACUCCCCCAUCACCUCUGUGGAGUCCUUCCGUUUCCUGGGCACCACCAUCACCCAGGACCUCAAGUGGGAGCCGACCAUCAGCUCCCUCAUCAAGAAGGCCCAGCAGAGGAUGUACUUCCUGCGGCAGCUCAGGAAAGCCAAGCUGCCUGCACAGAUGUUGGUGCAGUUCUACACGGCCAUCAUCGAGUCCAUCCUCACCUCCUCCAUCACCGUGUGGUUCGCUGGAGCCACACCGCUCUUCACCAUGACGGCUCAGGAGCAGAACCUCGUUCCUUAUUCACAGUCUGCAUUCGACCGUCUCACCAAAGUCUACGCUACACACCCGUCUGCGAUGCAGUUCAUCAUGAACUAUGAAGCGUCAGACGUGAUGGAGGCAAAGAUCAAAAGCGACGCCAGUCUCCUGUGGAGCAUCAGCCCCGCCUCCAGAACCGCCAUGAUCCAGGAACUCAGUAACUCCUCCCACGUCUACAUCACCCUCAAGUGGACACUGCUGCGGAACGCCUCCAUCUCCAUGAACCCUGAGGCGGUGGGAGAGCACACAGUGAAGUAUGAAGACCCGUCUCUGAGAGAAGACCUGGUGCAGAUGCUCAAAGGGAACAGCAGUAAGCCUGUCAUCAUUCAGCAGCUUCUCCCGAAGAGCCUCCGAGGCCCCAAGGGCCCAGAGUCCAAGAUGGCCACAAGGAUGAAAGUCGACCUGCAGUCCCUGAGCUUCUUCAGACCUCUGUCACUGCAGUUGCAGACUGUGACAGCAGGAGGCGCUGAGGAGCAGUGGUGGAAAGUGGAGCAGUGUUCUUCCUCCAACUCCUGCAGCAGCAUCAGCCUCCUCAUCUUCAGUGACAAAGUCAGUCCCUCCAGCCUGGGCUUCCUGGCAGGACACGGGAUCGUAGGCCUGUACAUGUCGGUGGUGCUGGUGGUAGGUAAGUUCGUCAGGGAGUUCUUUAAUGGAAUCUCUCGCUCGAUCAUGUUCGAGGAGCUGCCGAGCGUGGACCGCGUCCUGAAGCUCUGCACCGACAUCUUUGUGGUUCGAGAAACCGGAGAGAUGGAGCUGGAGGAGGUGCUGUUCGACAAACUCAUCUUCCUCUACCGCUCCCCCGAGACCAUGAUCAAGAUGACCCGGGACCAGGACUGA